AUAACAUAUAAUAUAUGACAAAUAUCAAUAUAGCAACACAGCUAAACUUAUUUAGCAAAAUAAAUAAAACAUUGCUUAACUUAACAAGUUGUCCUAUCUUCUUCACUACAGAAAUUUUGACUAAAAACUUCAGACCCAAGUACAAUUUAUUAUAAAUCCUCAAGUUUAAUUUUCAUAGCCACCACAGACACACACACACACAAAGAACUUAAGCUAGAUCCUCAAAAGUAUGGAAAACUGUGUACUAAAUUUGCUUGCACUUUCUUCACUGAUUCUGCUACCCUAUGGUGUUGCCAAAGCUUUCUACACCAUUUGGUGGAAACCCAAAAGUUUAGAGAGAAAUUUUAAACAACAGGGAAUCAAAGGCACCCUUUAUAGGCCAUUGGUUGGGGACGUGAAAGAGUAUGUGACAAUGAUAACAGAGGCAUGGGACAAGCCCCUCAAUCUAACCCAUCAAAUCGUUCCACGUGUCGAUCCAUUCACUCUAGCUACUGUACAGAAAUAUGGGAACAUAUCGGUGGUUUGGUUUGGAACAACACCAAGGCUGACCAUUAAAGAUCCGGAAUUGAUGAAAGAAAUUCUGUCCAACAAACUUGGCCACUUCAGCAAGCCUUUUAUAAGCCCUGUUAUAAGAAUUUUGACUAGAGCAGGAUUGACAGUUUUGGAUGGUGAAGAGUGGGCCAGGCAUAGAAGGAUAAUAAAUCCUGCUUUCCACUUAGAGAGACUCAAGGAUAUGAUACCAGCUUUUACAGUCAGUUGUAGUAAGAUGAUAGGAGAAUGGAAGAGCUUGGAUGUUACACAUGGGACUUGUGAAGUGGAUAUGUGGGUUGAAUUUCAAAAACUCACUGCAGAUGUCAUUUCUCGAGCAGCAUUUGGGAGCAGCUAUGAAGAAGGGAAGAAGAUGUUUGAACUUCAAAAAGAGUUGAUAUUGCUAACACUAGAAGCAAUGCAGAGCAUGUACAUUCCUGGUUUAAGGUUUGUUCCUACCAAAACGAAUAGAAGAAGAAAACAGUUGGACAAGGAGAUCACAUUGAUACUAAAAGAAAUAGUUCAGAACAAAAUGAAUGCAAUGAAAACAGGACAAACCAAGGUUGAUGACUUGCUAGGCCUAAUGUUACAAUCCAACAACCAGAAUAAUUUACCAGAACACACAACUAGCAAGAAAAGUAAUGGAUUGACACUUGAUGAGGUAAUAGAGGAGUGCAAACAGUUCUACCUGGCUGGCCAGGAAACAACAUCUUCCUGGUUAACAUGGACUAUUAUAGUCUUAGCAAUGCACCCUGAAUGGCAGGAAAAGGCAAGAGAUGAAAUCCUGGAAGUUUGUGGGAAGAAAGAACCUAGUUUUGAAGCUUUAAGCCACCUCAAGAUUGUAACAAUGAUAUUGAAUGAAGUGUUAAGGCUAUAUCCACCUGUGAUUGCCCAGUAUCAACAUGCUUACAAGGAAACAAAAAUAGGUCACAUCACCAUUCCAGCCGGGGUGGAUCUAAACCUACCUACGCUUCUUCUACAUCACGAUCCUGCACUCUGGGGAGAUGAUGCAGAAGAAUUCAAACCGGAAAGAUUCUCUGAAGGAAUUUCGAAGGCAGGUAAAGACAACCAGCUAGCAUUCUUUCCAUUUGGAUGGGGACCAAGGACCUGCAUUGGACAAAAUUUUGCCAUGAUAGAAGCAAAGAUUGCAGUGGCUAUGAUUCUACAACACUUCUCGCUGGAGCUUUCGUCUUCAUAUACUCAUGCUCCUUAUACUGUUAUGACUCUUCAACCACAACAUGGAGCCCAUGUUAAGUUGCACCAGCUCUAAGUUUGCAGUUAGUUUUCAUUUCAAGAUUUUGUCAAUAAUGUGGUUUGUGAAUCACAAAUGCUUGUGUGAAAUUGUGUAGAAGUUUUAAUGCUAUGAGAGGUCCAAUAUUGGGUUUCUCAUUGGUGACAAUUAUGUUUGACAGUAAGGAUGAUAGUAUUGUCUUCUUAUAUAAAUUUACUUUGAUUUCAAUUUCCUUAAAUCAACUACUCAUCAUAAAAAAACAAAA